UGUCGACAACCUCGACAAAACAGUUGAAAAUUAUGACGAAAUACUAUCCCACGCCGUUUACGCCCAAAGACUCGACCGAAAUGUGCAUGCAGGCCAGAAAGCCGCUGUCGUCCUGUCACACAGAGAACUUCGUAUUCCUUAGGUUCCUCAUGCAUCUUUUUGGGUACACCRUCGAUGGACCACCGACGCCGAAAGACGAACACGUACUUAUAGAAUCCGCCACGACGGAUACACAGACCGAGUUACAUUUCUUGGAGGGUUAUCAACAUCUAUUCGAUGAAAUGUUUAUGUCCGUGUUCCAGAAAAAGAGGCGAAAAAGAGCCGUGGACGAUCAGUACGAUUUCGUGAUAAUCGGUGCCGGAUCUGCAGGCUGCGUCGUCGCAAAUAGAUUGUCGGAGAUUAAAGACUGGAAGGACUAUACGAGGUGGGGAUAUGAAGAUGUUCUACACUAUUUUAAGAAAUCCGAGGAUAAUGAAGAUCCAGAGGUUUAUAAAAAAAACCCAAAGUUUCAUGGUAAAGGUGGAUAUCUGACGGUGGAGUGGUUUCCAUACGUAGACCCUACAGCAGUAGCUUUAAUAAAGGCAUGGCAAGAGAUUGGUUUAAAUUAUGUAGACGUAAAUGCUGAAAAUCAAAUAGGUGUAACUCAUUUACAAUCGACAGCUAGGCAUGGCGAACGAAUGAGCACUAACAAAGCGUUCAUAAGACCGAUUAGAAAAAAACGAAAAAACUUAACUGUUCUAACAGAUGCACACGUUGUUAGGAUAUUGAUUGAAAAGAAACGAGCUAUCGGGGUAGAGUUUUUGUACAAGAAAAAAAUAAGAACGGUGUUCGCAAAAAAAGAGGUUAUUCUGAGUGCUGGCAGUCUAAACUCACCUAAAAUACUUAUGCUUUCCGGUAUUGGGCCAAAAAAACACUUGACGAAUAUGAAAAUUAAAGUUGUGAAGAACUUAGCCGUUGGAAAGAACCUACAAGAUCACGUAACGUCUGACGGUGUCGUUAUACGUGUGAAGAAAACCGCUACCGACAAGUCACUCAAAGAGAAAAAGGAAGACGCUGUUUUGUACAAAAAAAAAAGAAAAGGUCCACUGGCGGCCACUGGCCCAUUACAAUGUGGCGUAUUCCUUCAAACCAAAUAUGAAGAUACACUGGAUCUACCGGACAUUAAUUAUGCAUUUGACAAUUCUAACGAGAAAGAUUGGAUUAUCGACCCUGCAAAUGCCACAAAAUUCGGUAUGUCUCCAGUUUCUUAUUACGAAGCAAUUAACGUAAGACCAAUUUUGUUGAAGCCAAAAAGUAGAGGAUGGAUAUUACUCAACGAAACUCAUCCAAUUUGGGGUCAACCACUGAUCUAUCCACGUUUCUUUACUAAAGGAGAUGAUCUUAAUAUACUCGUUGAAGGUAUGAAGAUUGGAGCGAACCUGGUGAACACGGCAUCAAUGCGUAAAGCGGGGGCGGAACUAGUGGAUGUGCCAGCAAAGGCAUGCAAGGCAUACAAAUUCGGUUCGGACAAGUAUUGGGCGUGUGUGGCCACCGAAUAUACGGCCACCAUAUACCAUCCAGUUGGCACUUGUAAGAUGGGACCAGAACAGGACGAGGAGGCUGUCGUCGACCCGAAACUGCGCGUGUAUGGGGUUGCAGGUCUUAGAGUGGUGGACGCUUCCAUCAUGCCGACUAUCGUUCGGGGAAACACGAAUGCACCGACCAUAAUGAUUGCGGAAAAGGCGUCAGACAUGAUCAAGAAUGAAUGGCAUCAACACACAUCAUCUGGCGCUAACUCGGAUGUAUAUAUAAAAAUGUAAGCUGAUUGACUGAUCUAUCAACKCACAGCUCAAACCAUUGAACAGAUCAGGCUGAAAUUUGGCAUAAAAAUAGCUAUUAUAACGUAGGUAUCCGCUAAGAAAGGAUUUUUGAAAAUUCAACCCCUAAGGGGGUUAAAAAGGGUAAAAAGGAGUAMAAAUUGAAAACUUUUUUGUUCCAAUUUUUUUGAAAUUAAGUAUGCAUACUUUAUAUCACAAAUAAACAUUGUCUAUAAACUUUAUUUUGUGAAAUUCGACCACUAAAGGUGGUUAAAAGGGUUGAAAAAUGUAAAAAUAGAAAAAACCACCUAGCCGAAACCGCUGUAGCUAGAACUAUGAAAUUCUGACAGUAUUUUUGUUUUAUGGUGUAGACAUACACUAAGAAAGGAUUUUUUAAAUUAAUUAAUUUAAUUAAAGAUACUUCCUGAAGUCCGAUUUAAUGAAUGUAGUCUUUUUUGUGUCUGGACUAUUAUAUUUGUUAGGAAACACUUUCAAUUAAAAAUGUGAUUUGUUUACAGUUCUAGGACAUAGAAAAAGUGUCGGACCACAGAAAGUAUGUUUAAUUCAUUUUAACUUAUCUAAAAAAUGAGGAAAAAAUUACGCACGUUUGCAGGUCCUUUAACACGUGGAGCUCCGCAGCUAUUAUCGGUGCAUAGCCCGUGUCACCGCGCCGAAAAUACGUCCGGUCGACUAUGCAUCGUUAUUAGGUAUUCGUGAAAUACGUUUCGUAUAUUGACAAUAAUUAAAUAUUUUACGUGGUACAAUUAUACUGUCAUUGGUAACUGGUUCG